UGAGGAAGGUCGUGUCAACGCCUCCCGAACGGCUAAUUCCGAGAUUGAAUUUCGCGUAUGAAUUUGUAAAAACCGACGCUCAUCAACCGUCAACGGUUCGUAAAUAACAGUUAAAUUGAAAGCGAUAGUGUUCUAGUGAUUUUAGUGUUAUUUAGUGAAAUGAUAGCUGUCGGAUACUUGACUGAAACAAAAUGUUUGCAAGAUGGCGAGAAGGCGAGCUGAAUCGAAUCGAUGACCAUUGUAGCGGUAAAUCAAAAAUAAAAAUAAAAACAUGACGAAAUAUGUUUCCACCCCGUUGCUUCCAUAUAGCGCGGAGUGAGGCCGAUGCAAUGCGUCAAUAUGAUUGUAGAACGCGCGCCAAACGAAAAACUAAAGUCAUACUCAAUUCGUAUUACCUCAUUCUUCUAUUUCUUAUCCAAUCAGUCAACUCGAACACAACAAACAUGAACCGUCACAGCGACGAACAGAACGACGCACCUAACGAAGACUAUGAUCAGGACACGGAGAGUUUUAAAGUCAAUUUCGAUAACCCGUAUUAUAAUAGUGAAGAUUUCCUCAAAUUCUAUGGUCACGAGAAUUCGUAUAGCAAUUAUGGGGAUUACAAACGAUAUUACUUGAAUCCAUCUAAUCCUAUACCAAAGACGAAGGUUAAAUUUAAGAUUAGCAGUAGGAUAGUUCAGACGAAGUACGGGAAGCUACAGGGCAUCGUGUUGGCGAUGGAUGAACAUAGAUUUCUGAGUCCGCUAGAAGUGUUCCUAGGCGUACCUUACGCUACUCCUCCUGUGGGAUCUAAUAGGUUCAGUCCUACACGCACGCCAUCACCCUGGGAAGGUGUAAGAGUAUCAGAUAGACCAGGCCCCGCGUGUCCACAGAAGAUCCCCGACCUGAAUGAUGAGAGGAUCUUUCUAGAGAAAAUGCCCAAAGGAAGAUUAGAAUAUAUCAAAAGACUGAUACCGUAUCUUAAGAAUCAAAGCGAGGACUGUCUGUAUUUGAACAUAUUUGCACCGUUACAGAUGGACGAAACGAAGAUAGCGCUACCGGUCAUAGUGUACAUUCACGGAGAAAGUUAUUCGUGGAGUUCCAGCAACCCAUACGAUGGAGCCGUACUGGCCAGCUAUACAGACCUCGUGGUGGUCACUCUCAACUUCAGAUUGGGGGUCCUUGGGUUCCUAAACGCAAAUCCAGCUCCACACCUAAAAGCUAGAGUGGCGAACUAUGGCCUAAUGGACCAGAUAGCCGCAUUACACUGGGUACAGCAGAACAUUGCUCUAUUUGGAGGAGACCCAGCGAACAUCACCCUUAUGGGUCACGGGUCAGGGGCGGCGUGUAUCAAUUUUCUGAUGAUAUCGCCUACUGUUAUGCCAGGUUUAUUUCAUAGAGCGAUACUUUUAUCUGGCUCAGCGCUCAGUUCUUGGGCUAUUGUGGACGACCCUGUAUAUUAUUCGUUGAAACUAGCGAAGCACAUGAAUUGCUCGAUACCAGAAGACCUUGCUAAAGACCACGAGGUGAUCGUAGACUGUCUGCGAGAUGCUACAAUAGAUGAAUUACUAUCCAUGGACAUAUCAGCGCCGAAUUUCCUCACCGCCUUUGGCCCUUCUGUUGACGGAGUGGUCAUAAAAACAGACUUUGCAAAGGAUUUCCUCACAGUUCAUGGUUCUGGAGACUUUCCCAGCUUUGGUCCGCUAAAUAAUAUGAUUCCAAAUGUCCAUACGAAAAGGAGUGACAGUGGAAGAAGAUUGUUCCAGAACAAAUAUGACUUGCUGUUUGGUGUUGUGACUUGUGAAGCGCUCUGGAAGUUUUCGGCGAAUGAUAUCCAGAAUGGCAUCGAGCCAGAACGUCGGGAUCGGAUGUUGAGGACAUACGUCAGAAAUUCAUACACAUAUCACUUGAGCGAGAUCUUCUACACCAUUGUCAACGAAUACACCGACUGGGAGAAAACGAACCCAAUAAACACACGCGACGCCACGGUAUCAGCUAUAUCCGACGCGCAAUACGUGGCCCCGCUGGUCCAGAGCGGGGACCUCCUCAGUGGAGGUCCGAAAGCCACGACCAGCGAUGACGAUGGACCUGGUCGUGCGACGAGGACCUUCUUCUAUGUGUUUGACUAUCAGACUAAGGAUGGAUAUUAUCCUCAAAGAAUGGGCGCGGUCCACGGCGAAGAGUUGCCAUACAUAUUCGGCGCACCACUCGUCCAGGGCUUCGGCCAUUUUCCACAAAACUACACGAAGUCGGAGGUCGCUCUGGCGGAGUCUAUGAUGCUGUAUGUCGCUAGUUUUGCUAAGACUGGGAAUCCCAAUGACAACACGCGGCAAGAGGCUCUGCUACCAGCUUCCAGAGAAAGAAAUAAAUUCCGAGGCAUCGUGUGGGAAGAUUACGAUUCUACGCACCAAAAGUAUCUGGAAAUAGGUGUAAAACCCCGUCUCAAGAACCAUUACCGAGCGCACCAGCUUUCAGUAUGGCUCCGCUUGGUUCCUGAACUGCAUCGAGCCGGUAUGGAAGACGUAGCAACUCGACACAACCUCUUCAGAAACCACAACGACCAAGAACUGUAUGAAGGCAUUGUUAGACCCGAUCCCUUAGCGCGUACAGAUAAUGAGGUACGACGAAAUGGUUCUACGUAUUCCGAUACAGCAUUGACAACUGUAGAUACAAUUCUAGCGACUUGCGUUACUAUAGUACCAAGUGGAAGAGAUCUACAAACGUAUAAUAACAGUGAUAAUACCCUAGCAAGUUUAGAAGCAGCCGGAUACGCGGCCUACUCCACGGCAUUAAGCGUCACAAUAGCAAUCGGCUGUUCCCUCCUAAUCCUCAACGUUUUAAUAUUCGCCGGCGUAUAUUACCAAAGGGAUAAGUCGAGGUCGAGGGGAAAACAGCAACGCUUCAACGAAAAACACUUCGAAACAAUAUCCGGAAAGCACUCGCAUUAUCAUAUCGAUCCGACCCUAGCGCCGAGUUUGGUCGUGGACGUUGAACGGCAGAAUAGGAAGAAAAUGGAUCAGAGCCUAUCCAAUUUGAACUUUAAAGGGCCUUUAGAUGGCAAAUCGCUCAGUCCGACCUUGAGUAUAGAUAACAUGAUGUUGCCCAGUAAAUUGGGAAGUAGGAAUAGUAGUUUUCGACUGCCGAAUACGUACCAGGGGUAUGCGACUUUGCCGAAAAAUAUAGGGCAUAACGGGGAGAGACAUUUCGGUAAUGGCUCUGGGUCUCCAAGGGAAGAGAGGGUACCUCAUGCUACUUUGAGACGGGGUAAAAUGCAUCCUCAGAACUUACCACAAGCCGCCAUUGAUGAGAUGAGGGUAUGACAGAGUACCUGUACAUAGAGGCAGUGUAUAACAUUGCUGGAGAUGUGGAAUAUGUAAAUAAUGAAAGUGUUUAUUAAUCUGUAUUAUGAUGAAUAAAGUAUGAUAAUUA